AUGUCGAGCAUCGCCCAGUCACGCCUGCCGUCCCAAGCGCCAGAGUCGUUCCACCCUCGGCAACCAAGUCUCCGAAGGAUGCCGUCGGCGAGAGACGCUGUCAGCAACUUUAAGAGUCCUCUGGCAAGACUGGAGCAGGAGAGUAGGAGUGCCAAGAGCCAUGCUGGCUCCAGUCGGAAUGCUUCUAUAUCGUCCGCCGAGUCGGAAGCCAUCGCCCCUCCCGUCCCUGCCCUCCAGUUCAACCUCUUUCGACACAAUUCAAUCAUGUCCAUCGACUCUCUAGCGAGCGACUAUACCAUCACUCAAUCAGACGAAGGGGGCGAGCCAGAGGCCGACGAGGAAGAGGAAGAGGCCCCUGCGACGCCUAAAGCGUCUACGUCGGGUCAGCAGGGGUAUUUUGAAGGUGGAAGAGCGACACCGACGAACUCGAAUGCGACGAGUGCAUCAAAAACGCCUUCGUCAUGGAGCAACAAUACCAUUGCGAGCACCGCCACUACGGUGCCUACCAAACCCCCAUUGGCUCCCAAGCGGAGCUUUACUGUCCCUUCCCGCCCUUCAUCCCCUCCUAUCGAACCAACACAAAAGGCGGCACCAUUCGUCCUCGGCCCUGUCCCUCCCAGACGCACACAAUCACAAGUCCGGGCAGAUGCGCUUGCGAAAGACGCCCCCGCGCCACAUCGUCCUGAAGAGACAGAGGUCGGAGAAGAUUGGGCGAGUAUACAUGGUGAACAGGGGAGUGAUUGGGGAGACGACGAGAGUCAAUUUGAAUGGCUAGACACGGACGGAGCGCCACAGGCUACGAAUGGGAUCGACGGGCGGGGCGGCGUGCGUGGCCUGAGUCCAAGUAAGAGAUUGUCAAAGUUGAAGACGGCAAUGUCGAAGAGCGAAUAUAGCGAGAGUGGGAAAAGUGGAAAGCCGAAGAAGUCGAAGCCGCUGGUACUGCCAAAGAGAGCACCGCCGCCACCACCGCCCACUGCCCCGGCGCCUCUGAUUCGUGAACCACUCAGCGCGAGAUUACCCCCGUCGCCGACAAAGGGCGGGUGGAAGAUGACCAAGCAAAAUUCGCAGCCGUCCAUGCCUGGGAGGCAGGUGGAAGGGCUGCCAAAGCGGUCGGAUACGCUUCGAGGUGAGGCGAGACCGGGUGUCAACGCCAGAUGGGCAGAGCGGCCGGGGACCUCGGGGUCGCCGCAGACCUCCAACUUUUCCGCCCAGCAACAUCCCAUGCGCCCUCUGAUGCCCCCCUUGAAAGUACCUCUGAAAGACGACGGGCCUUCCACCUCGCUCGGUACAUCUUCAGGGCGCCAGUCGCAUCUCUCGUACCAAUCCGGCUACUCUUUCUACGACCUCGACGGCGGUGAGACAGAGUCAUCGCCCUCAACGCCCAAAGCGGGAUGUGAUAGCGACUUGGUGUUCCCCAAGGGAAAGUAUGUCAAGGUACCGACGUCGGCAUUGGAAGUGCGCGAGAGGACAGUGUCGAAGCCUGCUACGCGUACGCCGACGACGCCGACAGCUUCCAUCACCGGCCGGUCGGCGGACGAGCUGGUACAUAUGGGGAUCGAAGCGCGAGGGAAAGGCGAACUGCCAAAGAGUGCUUAUUACUUUAUGAAAGCUGCUGAAGCAGGCAGUCCGACAGGAAGAAUGUACUGGGGACUGGCACUGAGACAUGGGUGGGGAGUGAGUAUAGAUGAUAGGAGGGCGUUUGUGGAAAUUCGGCAGGCGUGUGAUCAGUCGUUAGCUGAGGGCGGGCUUGCGUUCCACAAUUCGCCGGGUCAGAUGGGCCUGACAGCACAGCAGAAGAAGCACAUGGCUCGAGAUCUCGCGAUGGGCAUGUUUGAAACAGGCAACUGCUUCUUGGGCGGCGUGGGUGUAAAGAAGGCUCCGGAUGUGGCAUUGCAGUAUCUGCGGUUUGCGGCCAAUCUAGGUGAUAUAGCGGCGCAAGAACAGCUCGGAUAUCUGCUAUCAAAGGGGUCAAACGGGGUCAAGAAGAAUAUGAAGGAGGCUGCCAAGUGGUACAGGAUGGCUGUGGCGCAGGGGUCCAAAAGCACGGUAGGACUGUCGUGGAUCUGGAAGGAUAAAUACAUGGUUUGA